CUGGUCGGCGGCAUGACGGAGCUCCAGACGUGCCGGUACAGCCACGGCAAGUGCAAGCAGCCGCGCGCGACCAAGAAGAACGGCACGAUGCACACACUGUGUGAGUUCCACCGAACGAAAGCGUGCGCGCACCAGAAGAAGCUCGAUGCAAAGCGCCGCAACGAGAAACUCCGCCUCCUCGAAACGAAGAAAGCAAUGAAACAUCCCGGGCCCGACUUGCACCUGUGGAAGGAAGACGAGAACCGCAUGCCCAUGGUCGGUGACAAGUUCAAACCCCCCGUGUGGGACGCACCGCACGACAGCGCCACCUUGUACACCCCGAACGUGUCUUACGGCCACCACCACCAUCACCUCCACCACCCGUCAUCGUCGCCCCACCUCGCACACCACGGACUACACCACCCGCCGUCCCAGCAACACACGCCGCGCGACCUGUACGAGUACGACGAUCACCAGCGAUACAAGUUUCCGUCCCACACACCUACCGGCAGCCUUCUCCGUGCUGGCGGUUCGCCGCUCGGCGCGCUGCGGAGAGACGAUUCGGGGGCAUAUCGACCGCAGUUUCCAUCGCGCGACGGAGCGUACCCUUUGUACUCGUCACCAACGUCGUAUUCGGCGUCGUACACCACCGACUCGGCGCCCAUGUUGUACGAUCACAAACACGGCGCUGCAACCCAGCGCCUGCAUCACCACCACGUGCCCCACCACAUGACGACGGGCGAGUUCGACGCAAGAUACGACUACUACGACGAAGCGCCUUCGCCAUACAGCCGGCCGGCGGCGUCGGCCAUCCCGUUUGGCCAGUAUCCGCCGCAGCCCGUGUACCACCAGUAAGGACUGCACUCGGGUCGAGAUAGGUGUUGUGCUGUCGGUUCAAGUCGCUCGUUGUGUGCGAGGAAACCAGCGGGCAGUCGGUGGAACGGAUUCCUCGAGUAGUAUAUGUGUGUGUGUGUGUGUCUAUGUUUGCG